AUAAUUUGUUUUUAACUUACUGAUGUUUAACUAGAAAUACUACUAAUAAAAGAUGCACCCCUCUAAACUUCUAAAAUUCAACUUUCAGUAUCAGUAUAAACAAUCAGGAAUCGUUGCAUCCCAUUCUAAGCUUGGUACUGCCAACAUUUUUUUAUUCAUGGAAAUGUUAACUAAUACACCAAGAACAGAAAAGCAGAACGACUAGCUCCUGAUGACUAAUGUAACGCCAACCACUUCACCAUUCCAAACAACUCCAUAAUCUGCUGUUAUCCUCUCUAUUUAAUGAGCAACCAUCAUACUGUCUGGCGUACAAAUUCAAAAGCCUCACUCCAGCAAUUCAUUAGAGAACCAAAGGCCCUCAGGCAAACAUUAAAAAAAUGUUCAAGCUACAAUCUCCGCUUUUCAUCACGUUGCUAAUUGCUACAGUGUGCAUCGGGACAUGUUUCGCAGCAGUUAACCCGGCAGCAGCUACAGCCGAAGAACCCAUUCUUGAGUUCUACAUGCAUGAUAUCCUUGGGGGAAGUAGUCCCACGGCUAGGCCAAUAACUGGAUUACUAGGAAACAUCUACAGUGGCCAAGUACCUUUUGCUAAACCGGUUGGAUUCCUGCCUCCACAAGGUGGAGUUGCAAUCCCCAAUGCCAAUGGUGCUAUUCCAACUGUUAAUGGCAUCAACGGCCUGCCACUAGGAACUGGGUUAGCUGGUACAGCAUUCGCCGGCAAUCAAAACCAAAACGGUAACCCCCAAAUCCCUCUAGGACCAGAUGGCUUGGGACUAGGCUUCGGAACCAUCACCGUCAUCGAUGACAUACUCACUGCCAGCCCUGAUUUGGGGUCACAGGCAAUAGGGAAGGCUCAAGGAGUUUACGUUGCUAGCUCCGCGGAUGGAACAACCCAAAUGAUGGCAUUCACAGCCAUGAUCGAAGGCGGUGAAUACAACGACAACCUCAACUUCUACGGGGUGUACAAGAUCGGAAGCACCAUGUCGCAUGUAUCGGUGACAGGUGGAACAGGCAAGUUUAAGAAUGCUUGCGGACUUGCUGAGGUUCGACCACUUAUCCCACCAGGUCAACAUGUCACCGAUGGUGCUGAGACAUUGCUGAGGAUCACUGUCCAUCUCCAAUACUAAAAAUUGGCCCUGUUGUCUUGAAAAUUAUGUGU